GAGGAGGCGCCGGGGAGGAGCGCGCUGCGCCGCCGCCCGGCCUGCCGCCGCUCGGUGCGGGUCCGCGGGGCGCGAGGAGCGGCGAGACCGCGGCCUGGAACAAAGGGAGGCCGGCUGGGGCGGGGGCGUCGCGAGCAUGGCGGACCGCAGCCUGGAAGGCAUGGCGCUGCCCCUGGAGGUGCGGGCCCGGCUGGCCGAGCUGGAGCUGGAGCUGUCGGAAGGUGACAUCACACAAAAAGGAUAUGAAAAGAAGAGAUCGAAAUUGAUUGGCGCCUAUCUGCCCCAGCCUCCGACAGCGAAUGGAGCUGCCGUGGUCCGGUGUAGACGGCAGCACAGUGAAGGAGCCCCGAGAAGAAUGCUGCAGGCGGGCAACAUCGGGGUGUGUGACAUCCGGGACGCCGCGGUCAGAGAGCGGGUGGCCAGCACCGCAGGAAACCGGCCGCUGUUUUACUUUCGCUUCGGGGUGGAUCAGGCUUUGCCUCCAGAGCGCCGGGCUCCUGUCACUCCUGCCUCUUCCUCUCGCUAUCACCGCCGACGGUCCUCAGGGUCACGAGAUGAGCGCUACCGGUCGGAUGUCCACACAGAAGCUGUUCAGGCUGCGCUUGCUAAACACAAAGAGAGGAAGAUGGCAGUGCCUAUGCCUUCCAAACGCAGGUCCUUGGUGGUGCAGACCUCGAUGGAUGCCUACACACCCCCAGACACCUCCUCCGGCUCGGAAGACGAAGGCUCGGUGCAGGGUGACUCCCAGGGCACCCCCACCUCCAGCCAGGGCAGCAUCAACAUGGAGCACUGGAUCAGCCAGGCCAUCCACGGCUCCACCACCUCCACCACCUCGUCGUCCUCCACCCAGAGCGGGGGCAGCGGCGCCGCCCACAGGCUGGCUGACGUCAUGGCCCAGACGCACAUAGAAAAUCACUCUGCGCCCCCUGACGUAACCACUUACACCUCAGAACACGCGGUACCGGUAGAAAGGCCGCAGGGCUCCACGACAUCCAGGACAGCCCCGAAGUAUGGCAACGCUGAGCUCAUGGAGACCGGCGACGGAGUGCCAGUAAGUAGCCGGGUAUCAGCAAAAAUCCAACAGCUUGUCAAUACCCUCAAAAGACCCAAACGACCACCAUUACGGGAAUUCUUCGUUGAUGACUUUGAAGAACUGCUCGAAGUUCAACAGCCAGAUCCAAACCAGCCAAAGCCGGAGGGAGCCCAGAUGUUGGCGAUGCGUGGGGAGCAGCUGGGUGUGGUUACAAACUGGCCCCCAUCCUUAGAAGCUGCGUUACAGCGGUGGGGGACCAUCUCUCCGAAGGCCCCAUGCUUGACCACAAUGGACACGAACGGGAAGCCCCUGUACAUCCUCACUUACGGCAAACUGUGGACAAGAAGCAUGAAGGUUGCUUACAACAUUCUGCACAAAUUAGGUACAAAACAAGAACCUAUGGUGCGACCUGGAGAUAGGGUGGCGCUGGUAUUCCCCAACAACGACCCCGCAGCCUCCAUGGUGGCUUUCUAUGGCUGCCUGCUGGCCGAAGUUGUUCCCGUGCCCAUCGAAGUGCCCCUCACGCGAAAGGACGCAGGCAGCCAGCAGAUCGGGUUCUUGCUGGGAAGCUGUGGGGUGACGGUAGCCUUGACGAGCGAUGCCUGCCACAAAGGGCUGCCAAAAAGCCCGACCGGGGAGAUCCCACAGUUCAAAGGUUGGCCAAAGCUCUUAUGGUUUGUCACAGAGUCAAAACAUCUCUCUAAACCUCCUCGAGAUUGGUUCCCGCACAUUAAGGAUGCAAAUAAUGACACUGCGUAUAUAGAGUACAAGACGUGCAAGGACGGAAGCGUGCUUGGGGUGACUGUGACCAGGAUCGCGCUUCUCACCCACUGCCAGGCCCUCACCCAGGCCUGUGGCUACACGGAAGCUGAAACGAUUGUGAAUGUGUUGGAUUUCAAGAAAGACGUUGGGCUCUGGCAUGGAAUCCUAACAAGCGUCAUGAACAUGAUGCACGUGAUCAGCAUCCCCUACUCGCUGAUGAAGGUGAACCCGCUGUCCUGGAUUCAGAAGGUCUGCCAGUACAAAGCAAAAGUGGCCUGUGUCAAAUCCAGGGACAUGCACUGGGCAUUGGUGGCGCACAGAGACCAGCGAGACAUCAACCUCUCCUCUCUCCGGAUGCUGAUCGUGGCCGAUGGCGCAAACCCCUGGUCUAUCUCAUCCUGCGACGCAUUUCUCAAUGUCUUCCAGAGUAAAGGCCUACGCCAGGAAGUCAUCUGUCCCUGCGCCAGCUCACCAGAGGCUCUCACUGUGGCCAUCCGGAGGCCCACAGACGACAGCAACCAGCCCCCGGGCCGAGGCGUUCUCUCCAUGCAUGGCCUGACCUACGGGGUCAUCCGAGUGGACUCAGAAGAGAAGCUGUCUGUACUCACUGUGCAGGACGUCGGCCUCGUGAUGCCUGGAGCCAUCAUGUGUUCGGUGAAGCCGGAUGGGAUUCCUCAGCUGUGCCGGACGGACGAGGUUGGGGAGCUCUGCGUGUGUGCAGUUGCUACGGGCACAUCCUAUUACGGCCUUUCGGGGAUGACCAAGAACACCUUCGAGGUGUUCCCGGUGACGAGCUCGGGGGCCCCGGUCAGCGAGUACCCCUUCGUGAGGACAGGCCUGCUGGGCUUCGUUGGCCCCGGGGGGCUCGUCUUCGCGGUGGGCAAGAUGGACGGGCUGAUGGUGGUCAGCGGGCGCAGACACAACGCCGACGACAUCGUGGCCACCGCGCUGGCCGUGGAGCCCAUGAAGUUCGUCUACCGAGGAAGGAUCGCCGUGUUUUCGGUGACCGUCCUACAUGACGAGAGGAUAGUGAUUGUGGCCGAGCAGAGGCCGGACUCCACGGAGGAGGACAGCUUCCAGUGGAUGAGCAGGGUGCUGCAGGCGAUCGACAGCAUACAUCAAGUUGGGGUUUACUGUCUGGCCUUGGUUCCGGCCAACACCCUCCCCAAAACCCCGCUCGGGGGGAUCCAUUUGUCUGAAACGAAGCAGCUUUUCCUGGAGGGCUCGCUUCACCCCUGCAAUGUCCUGAUGUGCCCCCACACGUGCGUCACCAACCUGCCUAAGCCUCGGCAGAAGCAGCCAGAAAUCGGCCCUGCCUCCGUGAUGGUGGGGAACCUGGUGUCUGGGAAGCGGAUUGCACAGGCCAGCGGCAGAGACCUGGGCCAGAUAGAAGACAAUGACCAGGCCCGGAAGUUCCUGUUCCUCUCGGAGGUCCUGCAGUGGAGGGCGCAGACCACCCCCGACCACGUGCUGUACACGCUGCUCAACUGCAGGGGAACGAUAGCAAACUCGCUGACUUGUGUCCAGCUGCAUAAACGGGCUGAGAAGAUAGCCGUGAUGCUGAUGGAGAGGGGACACCUGCAGGACGGGGACCACGUUGCUCUGGUCUACCCGCCCGGAGUAGACCUCAUCGCAGCGUUUUAUGGCUGCCUGUACGCGGGGUGUGUGCCGAUAACCGUCCGUCCUCCACACCCGCAGAACAUCGCAACCACGCUGCCUACGGUGAAGAUGAUUGUGGAGGUGAGCCGCUCUGCCUGUUUGAUGACAACACAACUGAUCUGUAAAUUGUUGCGGUCCAGGGAGGCAGCUGCAGCCGUAGAUGUCAGGGCGUGGCCCCCCAUACUGGACACAGAUGAUUUGCCAAAGAAGCGGCCUGCCCAGAUCUACAAACCUUCCAACCCAGACAUGCUAGCCUAUCUUGAUUUUAGUGUGUCCACAACUGGGAUGCUAGCUGGAGUGAAGAUGUCGCACGCAGCCACCAGUGCCUUCUGCCGUUCCAUUAAGCUGCAGUGUGAGCUCUACCCCUCUAGGGAAGUGGCCAUCUGCUUGGACCCUUACUGUGGACUCGGGUUUGUGCUCUGGUGCCUCUGCAGCGUGUACUCUGGGCACCAGUCCAUCCUCAUCCCGCCUGCAGAGCUGGAGACCAACCCUGCCUUGUGGCUUCUUGCCGUGAGUCAGUACAAGGUCCGGGAUACGUUUUGCUCCUAUUCAGUGAUGGAACUUUGUACCAAGGGGCUGGGCUCGCAGACAGAAUCCCUCAAGGCCCGAGGACUGGACUUGUCCCGCGUGCGGACCUGCGUGGUGGUGGCGGAAGAGCGGCCCCGGAUAGCACUCACCCAGUCCUUCUCAAAGCUGUUCAAGGACCUGGGCCUCCACCCACGGGCCGUUAGCACCUCGUUUGGCUGUCGGGUGAACCUGGCCAUUUGCUUGCAGGGGACCUCGGGGCCCGACCCGACCACCGUCUACGUGGACAUGCGUGCUCUGAGACACGACAGAGUCCGCUUAGUAGAAAGAGGAUCCCCUCACAGUUUGCCGCUAAUGGAAUCGGGAAAAAUCCUGCCAGGUGUUCGGAUCAUAAUUGCCAACCCGGAAACGAAAGGGCCGUUGGGAGACUCGCACCUGGGUGAGAUCUGGGUUCACAGUGCCCACAACGCCAGUGGUUAUUUCACUAUUUAUGGAGAUGAAUCCCUCCAGUCAGAUCACUUCAACUCAAGAUUAAGUUUUGGAGACACACAGACAGUCUGGGCACGAACAGGCUAUUUGGGGUUCCUGCGGAGAACUGAACUCACUGAUGCAAAUGGAGAGCGCCAUGACGCCCUCUACGUGGUGGGGGCCCUGGAUGAGGCCAUGGAGCUGCGCGGCAUGAGGUACCACCCGAUAGACAUCGAGACCUCGGUCAUCAGAGCACACAAGAGCGUCACAGAAUGUGCUGUGUUCACCUGGACGAACCUGCUGGUGGUGGUGGUGGAGCUGGACGGGUCCGAGCAGGAAGCCCUGGACCUGGUGCCCCUGGUGACCAACGUGGUGCUGGAGGAGCACUACCUGGUGGUGGGGGUGGUGGUGGUGGUGGACAUCGGCGUCAUCCCCAUCAACUCCCGGGGCGAGAAGCAGCGCAUGCACCUGCGGGACGGCUUCCUGGCCGACCAGCUGGACCCCAUCUACGUGGCCUACAACAUGUAGACUCUCCCGAGACGCACGCAGGCUCCUGGAGCGGAGCCUCGGCCUUGCGCCGGGAGCUCCCAGCGCCCUGGUGGGCACCGGGAUGAGACGUGGGACGUGAAGCUGGUGCAGAAGGACUUUGCGUUGCUGCCUUCAGUUUGUUAGAAAAGCCCAUUUCAAAACUUUUUUUUUUUUUUAAUUAUUGGAUAAUAAGUGCUUUCUUCGUAAACGUGGUAUUUUGUUAAGCCAAAAUAGCAAUUAAAACAUUCUGCCCUCCCGAUGGGUUCUUUUAAGCAGUUUAUGUAGUGUGACAAAGAAUUGUUUUCUCUGUUUUAAUGGUCAUGAUAUCUUAAUGACAUGGACCUGCUACUAUUUAAGCCAUUGCUAGAGCUCAUCCUUCUAGGAAAGUCUGUUGAGGUACGAGUACACCUUCCAGUUAGCUUUUAGCAGCUUCCUGUCAGAAACAUGCUGAGGAAGCAGGCUGAUACGCGGCCUGUGAAGUUAGCAUAGAGUGAGACGUUAUAAAUACGGUGAAUUUUGGCAGUUACCUUGCAGAUAUCUUUGUACUAAACUAAAAAGAUAAAAUAAGUUAACUUCAUAUGUAAUUAUGUACAAAACGUUUAAUUUAUUUUGAUCUCUUUAGAAGUAUAACAGAGAAAACAUUCAAGAAUAUUAAAGUCUUGUAAUGUUUGCUAAUAUAAAAAGUGUUGUAUUAUCUUGCGUGGAUAGCAUCCCAGCAGAUAUAUAUGAAAUAUAAAUUCACUAAGAACUAAGGAGAUUUUAAAGUUUAAAACGCAGAGCCUGUCACUUGCAUGGUGUCCCUCACUGCACUGUAGAUCCAGAGACUCGCCCACCUGGCUGAUGGGAGCGCGAGAGCGGUCCUGCGGCCAGGGCCCAGCCUGUGCGCUCCUCGCAGAGCCAGAGCCCCGCCGGUGAAGGGGCCGCCUCUCCCGGUGGGGACUGGCGCUGACUGUGCACCUUCCCUCCGCGCUGGCCUGGGAGGCGGGUGGCGAACAGCACAUUCUCGGCUGCAAGACUCCGUUGUACGAUGUUUCCGUCACUCCUGUUACUGUCACCCUUCUGGUCCUCGGUAUGGAAAGGAAUGUCACCCUGCGCUGGUGUGUGUUGAUUCCCUCAGAUGGCCUCUAUGUGUAGUGGACAGUGUCCACACGGCCAGCUCUCCGCAGCUCCCGAGCCAGUGUGACUGCCGGGGAGCCACCGGCAGGAGCCGGAGGGCCCCGCCGCCCCCUCACCUCCACCGAGACGCGCUCCUCUUGCUGCUGCUGCUGCCGCCGCCGCCUCACACAGCCCCUCGCUCUGGAUGCAACUGGCAUCUGUGUCCCGCCGAGGAGGGGGAUCUGCAGUCCAAGCAAGCCCGACCCUCCGGCUGUCCCGGCGUGACGGCGGGCCGCAUGGUGGCAGUGGGCUGUGCGGUGGUCUCUGUCGGCCUUUGCUCUGUGUGCUGGCAGCGAGCGCUUUGUUGCGAGGAGUUUUGUUUGACUUCUGAGACCCAAGGCUAGUUGUUGUUGGAAGUUUAAGUGACAUUUUUUUUUAAUUUGUCUGCAUGUGGGGUGCACCCCUCCAUCUCCACAAAGCAUUUGAGUUUUAAGACAUUGUUGGACUUCAUUGCUGUGUGUGAAUAUUUCUCCACAUGCUUCAGAUACACAUUCCUACAGGCUCUGCUUCCCAAGGGGGAGCCCCGCCACACACAGACGAGACACGUUCACACGCCCACUGAGCGAGAGGGGAGGGUCGAGGUUUCGGAUCAGACACCGAUGAGGAAACACAGCCGCGGGGGACCCCGCGGUCCAGCGAGGUGGUGUGAGGGCCGUUGGUGACGUCCUGUCAUCCUGUCAGCGCUGAGGUCCAGAGGGCCUCGAGUUCUGGGAUUACUGGGAUUCGAGUUCUGUUGUGCGAGAAAAGGGGAAGGAGAUGCUGAGUACCGCCCGCUUCAGCAAUAAAGGAGGACCGUCUGUGUGGCAGUUGUGCCGUGGACCAGCUACUCGUGGGAGCGUCGCCAGUGUUUGUCUUGUGACCUUGUGCUUCUGGUGUCAGACGGAGCCGUGCCGUCGGCCUGCACAGAAGAGGGUGGACAGUGAUCUUGGAAGCUCCGACCAGCCCGACGGGCGGUUUCCUCAUGGUGCUUGUUUACUGUAUCUAAUCCUGCUCGACACUUUACCGGAGGGGAACCCCCUUUACCAGGGGCAGGCUGGCAGCGUUGCUGCAUAGAGCGUGGUGCCUGGUCAGAGGUUCAUGCACUCGGCCAGUCGCAGUCUCAGACAGAAUCCCCGUGUGCGACGGACAGCAGCCUUCCCGUGUGUUAAACGCCAGUGAGCUUUGUGCAUCUGUGAUGACGCCUGUUUUAUAUUCAGAUGAACAAAUAAAAGCUUUUAUUUUUGUUGCUCUGAAAAUAGCGGUUUCUUAAUUGGUCCCCUGGAAAACUGGGCAGCUUCCAUCCCAGGAAGGAGGCGACUCCUCCCGGGAAAUGUACCUGACUCUGUUUACAUAAUCUGUUGCGUUACUUAUCAGUACAGAUGAUCACACUUUGAACAAUGUUUAAAUUUUGAUGUGGGCAUUUAUUGCUAAAAAAAUUCCUAUGGCAACAAAUGUUUUGUGAAAUGUUUUUUUUUUAAUUCUUUUAAAUAUAUCUAAAUAUAUUUGUUCACAUUUGCUGCAA